AAUAUAGCGGAAAAAAUGGUUGAUAUGGAAAGUUGGAGUGUUUCAGAAAAAGAGUGGAGGAAAGGUCCUUGGAUUCCUGAAGAAGAUAAGCUUCUUGCAGAAUAUGUAAGUCAGAAUGGUGAAGGGAGAUGGAGUUCUGUAGCCAAGUGUGCAGGGCUGAAUAGGAAUGCUAAGAGUUGUAGACUAAGAUGGGUGAACUACUUGAGACCUGGACUCAAAAGAGGCCACAUAACACCUCAAGAGGAAGGAAUUAUUAUCGAACUUCACGCCCUUUGGGGAAACAAAUGGUCGACUAUAGCAAGAUACUUGCCAGGAAGAACGGAUAACGAGAUCAAAAACUACUGGAGAACUCAUUUCAAGAAGAGAAUAAAGGCUUCUGAAAGGCAAGAAAGGAGAAAAAAUCUUCUUCGAACACAACAAAAACAAAAAGAAGAAAAUUAUGAGGAUAAGAAGGAGGAGGCCAUAACCAAUGAAAGAGUAUCCUUCGAGAAAAACGACAUAAUGGAGUUGCAAAAUGAAAUAUUGCCUACGAUGUACGAUGAUUUCAUGUCGUGUCCGGAUACUAUCCGAAUCGAUAGUUAUUUAUGGGGAGGGUUGUGGAACCAACAGAUAAAUAAUUGCAGUAAAUUGGCUAUCCAAAAUCAAUCCAAUACUGCUAAUUCUUGUGAGCCAGAUGCCAUUAACAUUUAUAGUAGUGGAGGAUAUAUUUAUUAAAGAAUAUGUAAUAUUGUCAAGCAUAUGUGCGUGUUGGAUGUUUCGAUUUUUAUAUUAUAGCAUGAUUAAAUUAGUGAACAAUAAAAGAUUUUUA